AUGUACGUCUACCAUCAGGGUGCUUGGAACUAUCAGAAAUACUCAUACAAUAUAGGCUUCAACAAUGCUUGCGAUGUCAGUUGUCCAGUCUGUGACCAUAAACCGUUCACCUCCGAGACAUGCAAACCAAACAAGGCCAUGCGCAACACUGCAAAAGCCUACCUCAAAACGGUGGAGAAAGCCAGAGCGGAGGAGAGAGCCAAAUCUGCUACAGUGGCAGACACACCUACUCAGCAACCUGUGGCCGAAGAGGGUACAAACGUGGUGGGCCAGGAACAGGACACUACAACAAUGGCGGCGGCGGCGACUGCAGCAACAACUGGUGAUGAGCAGCUAGUUGAGACUGUGGAGGCCGACGAUGUUCCCCCAGUUGAUGUGCAACCUUCAAUCGAGGACGGCGACCCCGAAUCUGCGGACCUUGAUGACGACGUCGACAUUCAAGUCGAACUCGACGACGACCAUCAAGAUUUACUCCCGCAACCCACAACGGACGCAGCUGACACUCCUCAAGACGAUUCUACCUCUGUUUCCGAAUCCAAACCCAACCUGCAAGACGCAGGCGAUAGCGUAACAGAGGGCGCGGGUGGGGCGGACUUUUCAAACAUGAUGAAUGGCUUCGGCAACAUGGACUACGCGCAGAUGAUGCAGAUGAUGGCGGCCAACGGCAUGCCUGGUUUCAAUCCAAUGAUGGGAAUGCCCAUGGGUAUGAAUCCCAUGUCGGCUGGCAUGUUUGGCGGGUUUGGCGGUCCCAACGGAGGCAUGAAUGGCAUGAACAUGGGAAUGAAUUUUGGUCCCAACCCAGGGAUGUUUUCUGGCGGCUGGAAUAAUGGCCAACCCAACAAUAUGUGGCAGAAUAAUAAUGCAAAUGCAUUCCCGAAUGGCAUGGGCCCUGGUGACUUUGGUCCCAACUACGGUUUCAAAAUGGGUCCCAAUGGAAACUUCCCACAAUCAUAUCCCAAUGGUGAUUUUCAAGGCGGGUACUACGGUCGCGGUUACGGUCGUGGCCGCGGCCGUGGACGUGGCGGCUAUGGUAGAGGCCGUGGUAACUUUCAACAGUUUUCGCAGUACCAACAAGGCUACCAGAACAACUUUGACCAGCGGCAGCAUGACAAUCAAUUUACGCAGUCUCAACACCCGGGUAAUCGGUCGAACGAUGCAGCAGCAAAGAACCAAUCGGCCGACUACCACCAUGAUGACGACGAGUUCGCUCCUGGCGGACAGGAAGAGAUUCAAGAAGCGCUGGGCGAUGACUAUCAAAAACCAGUCACGGAAGAGGGAAACCCCGCGGACGGUGCUGUGACUGCAGAGAAUGGCGAUCUUGGAGACCAGGAAGCCCAGGAGAAGAAGGAACAAGGUCAAGAAGAUGCCCGGAUAAAUGGUGCGGCAACAACAGAUCUUGACCGUGAUGUUCAAACCCAGAAUCAAAGCAAAGCGAUACCUGAAGCCUAUCGUGAAGACCUCCAAGGGCCAAUGCCGCCGCCCUCGGCACCCUUGGGACCUUCCGCUCAGUAUGGUGAACACAUGAAAGACUUUGGGUUUCGUGCUCGAGGACAUGGUAGAUUUCCCAUACGUGGUCGGGGUGGUAUGCCCUCGUCUGCACCAAAUGGUCUCAAAGGUCACACUCCAGUAAACCCACAGAUGCAAGUGCAAACGCAAGCGCCCGAUCAGUCAAAAGGGAUAGGUGUCCUAGGUGCACCGACGGGUCCGAGAGCGAUGCGUGAACCGGCUGGGCCACCCGCCAGACCGUCCUCACGGUCAGCAGGCACGGGUUUUCAAAUCAUGGGUAGGGCAUCGAUGGCAUCACGUCAGGUCCGGUCGGAAUCUCGAGACUACGAACGUGCAAGCAGCCGAACUCCAACUGUGGGUCACGAAGAAGUGAGAAAUGGAGAUCAUUCCACGAAAAGACAGUCUGACCAACAAGGAUACGAUCAUGAAGAUCAAGGUGCUGAGCAAGACAGUCAUCGUGACAGAGACGGGCGUGAAUACAGCUCCAAGAGAGAGGGUAGAAAUGGUCAUGCUUACGACAAUGACGAGACAGAAGGUUCAUAUUCGCGGUCCGGCUCGGUCGAUCGAAAAUCCUCGCGUCGAAAUCGAGAUGAAAACAACAAAGAAGAAAAGCCGGCGUCGACCUCUUUGGAAACGAGAAUCCGGCCUUCCCGCUCUCGUCGGCAUCGCGGCGAAGCAGAUGCGAACGGAGAUUAUGAGAUGGAAGAUUACGACGAGUCUGUCCUGUCGAGCAGCCAUAGAGAUGGUUAUGACGGACAGACCAGAGAUGGCAAAUAUCGAAGCAGCAAGUCGUCGAGAUACGAGGACCGAGAGCGAGACCGUGAGCGUGAUCGAGACCGCGACCGCGACCGAGAUCGAGAUCGAGACCGUGGCCACCGCCCUCGCGACCGUGAACGAGAGCGUGACCGUGAUCGUGACAGAAAUCGAGACCGCGAUCGAGAUCGAGAUGGUGCACGGGACAAAGACCGAGACGAAAAGUACCGCGACCGAGACCGAGACCGCGAUCGCGACCGUGAUAAGGACAAGGAUCGCAAGCGGUCUCGGCACGACCGGCAUCGAGAAGACGAAAAGCAUCACGACUACGACUACGACUAUGAUCGGCCAAGCCAACACCACCGUGACGACCAGCAUCAAGAUCAUGAUACGGAAGAUCGAGACUCUCGACACCGAUCACGACGGCACAAACGAGAACACCGACGAGAUACAGAGGAAGUCGUUGGAUUGUCUGGGUCUGCUGGUAUGAAUGGUCGCUCUCACCGGUCAAGUGCAACGGCUACCCCAGCGCCAGAUAAGGAAAAAGAACAAGAAAAGGAUCCACACACAUUAGAGCGCGAAGCGAGGAACCGCGAACGAUUGCUCAAGGAGCAACAGAGACGAGAAAAGGCUGCCAAAGCCAAUGCUUCUUCUGCUUCGGGUGGUGGUGCCGGUGGUGGGAGCAGCAGCAACAGCAGGCGCAUCACGUAUAAGUACGAAGAUGAGCUUGAGAGAGGAUUGAUGGAAGGCGAACGAACGAGUUCAAGAUGGAGGUAG